AUGAGCCAGGCCAGGCCUCGCUAUGCCAUCGAACGUCCUGCCUACUCUGUCAGCCUCUUUGACGAGGAGUUUGAGAAGAAAACCAGAGCCUACCCCAUCGGGGAGAAACUGAGAAACCUUUUCAGAUGUUCAGCUUCCAGGUUCAAGCUCACCCUCUUCCGCCUGUUCCCCAUUCUGGGGUGGCUCCCCAAGUACAAAAUCAAGGACUACAUCCUGCCUGAUGUCCUUGGGGGGCUCAGCGCAGGGACAAUCCAAGUGCCACAAGGGAUGGCCUUCGCCCUCCUGGCCAAUCUGCCUCCUGUCAACGGGCUCUACUCCUCCUUCUUCCCCCUGCUCCCCUACUUCUUCCUUGGGGGCAUCCAUCAGAUGGUGCCAGGGACCUUUGCUGUCAUCAGCAUCAUCGUCGGCAACAUCUGCAGCGAGCUGGCUCCAGAGUCGGACUUCCAGUACUUCAACCACACCAGCAACGAGAGCAGAGUGAACACCACGGCCCUGGAGGCAGCCAGGCUGGAGAUCUCGGCCACCCUGGCCUGCCUCACAGCCAUCAUACAGCUGUGCCUGGGCUUCCUGCAGUUUGGCUUCGUGGCCAUAUACCUGUCAGAGUCCUUCAUCAGGGGCUUCAUGACGGCGGCGGGGCUGCAGAUCCUCAUCUCCGUGCUCAAGUACGUCUUCGGCUUGACGGUCCCGUCUUACACCGGGCCCUUAGCUAUCGUCUACACGUUCAUUGACAUUUGUAAAGGUCUGCCCCAAACCAACCUGGCCUCCCUGGUCUAUGCCCUGGUCAGCUCUGUGCUCCUGAUCGUUGUCAAGGAGCUCAACCUGAAGUACAUGAAGAAGAUCCGGAUGCCCAUCCCGAUGGAGAUCAUCAUUGUGAUCGUGGCCACCGCAAUCUCCGGCAGCUUCAACAUGCCCGACAAGUAUGGGAUGCCAAUAGUGGGGAAAAUCAGCAUGGGGUUCCCAGAGCCCACCCUGCCCCUGGUGAGCAAGUGGAAGGACAUGGUGGGCACGGCUUUCUCUCUGGCCAUCGUGGGCUACGUGAUCAACCUGGCCAUGGGGAGGACCCUGGCAGCCAAGCAUGGCUACAACGUGGACCCCAACCAGGAAAUGCUGGCCCUGGGCUGCAGCAACUUCUUUGGAUCCUUCUUCAAAAUCCACGUGAUCUGCUGCGCCCUCUCUGUCACCCUCGCCGUGGAUGGGGCAGGAGCGAAAUCCCAAGUGGCAAGUUUCUUUGUGGCUCUAGUGGUCAUGGUGACCAUGCUGUCCCUGGGAAUCUACCUCGAGCCUCUUCCAAAGUCCGUGCUGGGAGCCCUCAUUGCUGUGAACCUGAAGAACUCCCUCAAGCAGCUGGCUGACCCCUUCUACCUGUGGAAGAAGAGCAAGCUGGACUGCCUGGUCUGGCUCGUGAGUUUCCUCUCCGCUUUCUUCCUGAGCCUGCCCUACGGAGUGGCGGUGGGCGUGGGAUUCUCCGUGCUCGUGGUGGUUUUCCACACCCAGUUCCGCAACGGCUCUGCCCUGGGCCAGGUGACUUCCACUGACAUCUACAAGAACCCCAAAACCUACAACAAGGUCCAUGAAGUUAAUGGGAUUAAAAUCAUCACCUACUGCUCGCCGCUGUAUUUUGCCAACUCAGAGAUAUUCCGGGAGAAAAUCAUAGCCAAGACAGGGGUGGAUCCUGGCAAGGUGUACUUGGCCAGGAGGAAAUUUGUGAAACAGCAGGGGAAGGGCACAGCACAAGCACCAGCAAAGCUCCCAAAAUUCCUGCUGAAGGAGAACAAGACCUUGUCUUUGCAAGAGCUCCAGAAGGACUUUGAGAGCGCCUCUCCAACAGACACCAACAACAACCAGACUGCUGCCAACGGUGCCAGCAUCUCCUACAUCACAUUCCACCCUCCUGCCCCCGGGGCUGGGCCAGGCCAGAGCCCUGGGGAGCUGGGCAGGACCCCAACCCUGCAGGGCAGCCCCCUCAGCGUGCUGCCCACGGCAGACACCGACCCUGUGCUGGCAGCACCGCCCUACAUCAGCUUCCACACCAUCAUCCUGGACAUGAGUGGCGUGUGCUUUGUGGACCUGAUGGGCACAAAGGCUCUGAGCAAGUUGUGCUCCAGUUACCAGAAGAUUGGGAUCAAAGUGUUCUUGGCAAACGUGCAUGCCCAGGUGUACGAUGACAUCAGCACAGGGGGAGUCUUUGAGGAAGGAGGCCUGGACCCAAGUCACAUCUUCCUGACCAUCCACGAUGCUGUUUUGUUUGCACUGGCCAGUAUCAGAGAGUUUGUCCACCCACCCAUCUUGGAAGAGAGGCCGACCCAGACAGAGCUCUCCAUCUAUGAUGAGUCUGUGGAUGAGGGCAGUGCAGAGUACAAGAACCUGGAGGAGGAGAUGUUUGGGAGCAUGUUCCACUCAGAGACCCAGACAGCUCUGUGAGCACAGUGAGCACCGGGCAGACCCUCCAGAGGGGACUCCUCCAGACCCUCCAGAGGAGAUUUCUCUCUCUCACCCCUCUGUGAAGAUCUGUGCUUCUUCCUGGGGAUACAACAGGUUUGCAAUGAGGCCAUCGCCCUUCAGAGGAGAUUCAGAUCAUCAUCAUCAACUGCCAGAUCCUCUCUCCUCCCUGCUCUGCUCGUGGCAAACCCUCCAGAGAAGAAUCCUCUCUCCCACCUCUCCAUGGAGAGCUGUGCUUCUGCCUGGGGUUACAACAGGUUUGCAACGAGGCCAUCACCCUCCAGAACUGCCAGAUCCUCCCUGCUCUGCUCGUGGCACUCAGAGCAGAGGACUCUGAGCAGGCAGAGCCAGCUGGGGCAGCAGGAGCUCAGCAGACGCCAUCUGAUGGGUUCUCAGCUGCAGGCAGGUGCCUGAGCUCAGGGGAUGUUCAGCCACCCCUUUGUCCCUCACCAUCCUUCUGCCCCACUGGAAUUGCAUCCCCUGGCCGUCCUCCUGCUCCUUGCCUUUCCCUCCUCGCUGUUUCCCGCACCAAGUGAAACACAAGCAAACACUGAAAGCCUUUCAGGAGGUGUGGCAGGGCAGCUGUGCCAGCUGCUGCUGCUCUCUGAUGUGCACUGACCCCGGCGGGGGCUGGCACUGCAGCCCCCCGAAUUCCCCUGCGUGUCUCUGCAGCCUCUGCCUCUCCUCUUCUGUGUCCCAGCAUCCCAAAAAACACUGCCUCGGACCAGUGACACCCCAAAGACCUCAGGACUCUCGCAGCAGGGCUAAAUUCUGAAAUAUAUAUAUAUUUUUCUUACUAAUAGGACAGGUUUGCACUCAGAAAUAAGAAUUAUGUGCACGUUGUCCUGCCUGCCCAGUGGGUUGAGUACAUCUGAAAACAGAUUCUAUUUUAAAAUGCUAUUUCUAUUUUAACACUCUAAAAUAUUACAAAUGUAAGCAAGCUUUAGUGUAUGGUUUGGAAGUACACAGACGUUAUUGAGCUGAUUGCUGAAGGCUUCCUGGGGCUUUCCUGCAGCUCCCAGAUGUCUCAUUUUUAAGGAAAAUAGUUUCCUGAACCAUCCUUGCUAGACAGUCACCGAAGGAAACAACAGCAGCAGCCUGCCAGUUUGGUUUUAUGUAACAUCUCAAUAACCAAGUCACCAUUUCUCUACCUCAAUUUCUGAUUAUGUGGUGCAGGAGAGUAACAAAACCAAAGGAGGGCAGAA